CCCACACCUCCUGUUUAUUCCCAGCCUCAAACGCCAGCCUUUGCCCAACAAACCUGGGUGAGCCCUCCAUUCAUGCCUUCUGUACAAGUACAGGCUCUGCAACCGUUUCCAAUGGCCCCUCAGACCCCCAACAUGUUCCCAACACCACAGACUCAGGAUCCUGCCCCUCCAACAGAAUCGGAUGUAAGUGAGGUGUCCGGUGCACUGGAUGCGGCAGAAGCAUCAGCCAACUCGGGCACAGCAGAAGCAUCAGCCAACUCAGGUGCAGCCGAAGCGUCAGCCAAUUCAGGCGCACCAGAAGCGCCAGCUUCAUCUGCUUCAUCAUCUUCAUCGGCUUCAGCCGCCGCUUCACGUGCUGCACAAGGAGGAAAUCCUUCACAACAAACGGAGCAAGAAAGGGCUCAGCAGAAGUCAAAGAACGAUGAACGCCGAGAAGAUAGAGUGAAAGGCCGGAAAAAGGAAAAUAGCGAGGAUUAUUACUACUACUAUACAGAGGAUCUUGCUCCACAAGGACAAGGAGAAGGUGACCCAGACGAUGUGUGA